CCUCCCCGUCCGGAAUGCCUGCUCCAAAGCCACUGUAACGCUCCUUUUCCUUUGCUCAAUCAAAUCGAAUCGAUGAGAGCACUGCCUGGCUUUCUGCCAACCUUUGUUUGCCGUCGCCUGUCUCAGCUAUCACUUAUCACAAAAAAUCACAAGCCCCGGAUUCCCACCAUCUGCCGGAUCUAAAGAAGCGCACUAGAGAAAACGAGCCUGCAGCUUCACAUCGAUCGCCACCAACACCUCAAGGACUUUUUUUUUUCUUUUUCUUGUUGGCUCUUGUCCAUUGGCAUCGUUGGGCUUUACUGCCUCUUUUUAUUUUUAUCCUUCUUUUCGAGCUUGGCGGUUGACGAUCUGUGCGCCUGCAUUGUCACUCUCUGAAUAGCCAAUCGGUUACCCGCUUGGCGCAACCCUCUGUAUUUCAGGCCUCGCUCUCAUACCACCGGAAUUCUUCCAAACAACAGUCUUUUCUUCCUCCGACUCCCCCUCUUGGGCCAGCAACGCUCAUUUCUGGUCAACAAUGCCUCGACUCGUUGCAAUUGCGCUGGGAGCGCUCACCUUCAUCGCCACGACGGCCACGCUGUGCACUCAGAUUGCCAUCAGUGUAAGCGUUCCUCAGUCGUCACCGGGCAGAAUAACAUCAAGUGUCGCUGCGGCCUUUGAAGCCGCAAUUCUGGCCCUUCUAGCAUGGCUUGUUGCGACUGAUAUUCUGCCUGCAUUGCCGGGGCGAUCCAAACCGCUACGAAACAUGCUCUAUGGCCUCAAGAUCUCGGCUUGUGUCAUUGCGACUGUGACCUCAAUCGUCGCUCUGGUAUACUUGGCCCAGGUCGAUGGAGCAGACAACCAACACCUCCUUGUCGGAUCCUCCAUCACAUUCGCACUGGCAAUUGCUUUUCAAAUCGUAUAUACUAUUCAUCAGUUCUUUUCCAACUCGGACGGCAGCAAAGACGUGGAGAAUGGCCGAUCGCGCAAGGUUAACCUCAAGACCAUCAGAUACAGCCAGACAAUGCCCAUUACAGAGGAGACGAAUCACACUGCACAGCUGGAGUCUCAGGGUAAUCGAAGCCGCUCCAACUCGGCCGACUGCAAGUCAAUGGCUGAGACUGUCGCAUCGUCCGUGACUUAUGUGUCCCACUCGAUUCGCUCCGUUUCGAGCAAAUCCAAGAUGCGCUCCUCAAAGGAGGGGAGCCGCUCCAUGUCGAUGGACUCGACUGCCAACCGAAGCACCAUGGGCGACGACGCUUUUGAUUCCUGGGAUACAUCAACAGUAGACGUACACAACCGAGAGGCCGUCAUGGAAAUUUCAACACCCACGCAAAGCAAGCCCCGCGGACUGGAAACCAUUCCUGCCAGCCCCGUGGCUAGCCGGAGUCCAUCGCCGCAGUCCUUUGUCGAACUUGAGCCGCCCCGUAUUCAAACCCGUCGCCGAAGCCGAAGCUACAGCCCCGUCUCUAUCAGACGGGAGCUUCGUGAUCUGCCGGGCGCAAACAGCAGCGAGGCCCAUAUCCAUCCUCUCUUCCGAUCUGACUCACCCGACCCGCAUCCUUUUGCGACGCCUGGCACCAUCGUCAUGGCAGCGCCAGAUGCGGGACGAGUCCUUUCCCGCCAGUCAAGCAACAUAUCCCUCAACCGCCUCCGAAGUGACAGCCUGCCGAUUGCGCCUCCAAACCUGAACAGGGACGACGGCUUUGAUUCCAGGUCAUUGAGGACGUACGGAUCUGAGCUGGAUCUCAGCAAACAUGCCCACGGUGACAUGGACAUGGUACCUCCUGCGCCUGAAUGGCUGCGCAGGGAAAUAUGA